CACCGUCGCUCUUUUCUUUUUCUGUUUCUCUCCCUUCUUCUUCCUCUUCUUGCACUCUUUUUCUGCCCUUCUUUUUUUUCUUGUGUUUUUCUGUCCUUCCUUAAACUACCACCCCCAACUACUACUACACCACUACUACUAUCAUCCGUGGUGCGGUUAUCUAUGGUCGAGGUCUAGCCGGCCGUCCUUACAUCGCUCUCCUCCGGUUAUCGUGACGUGAUAACGUUUAUCCACUGCACCACCAUCCCGGCCAACGAACUACAAAUACUAGUCGUCCAGCCACUGCGACCCUCCCCCGCAUAUUUCGAUGCGAAGAGUUCCCUACUGGCCUUCCCCCGGUGUCUUCGCCCUUCCCAUCCCGCUUCGCCAUGGCCGCAGCCUCGCCCAAUAAAUCAAAGCGGAUCGUUUCCGUCGUAGCGGCCACCCUGGUUGCUCUCGCGUGUGGUACCAACUAUGCAUACUCGGCAUGGGCGCCCCAAUUCGCGCAACAAAUGAAGAUCUCCUCCACCGAAAGCAACUUCAUUGGUGCGGCUGGGAAUUUGGGCAUGUAUGCAUCGGGAAUCCCGUUGGGUCUGUUGACAGAUGCUCGAGGUCCGCGUCUGACGACUUUCUUGGGUGCGAUCACGCUGGGAAUUGGCUACUAUCCCAUCUAUCUGGCAUACGUCAAGGGACCCGGGUCGAUGGCCAUUAUCUUCCUGUCGUUUUUCGCUUUCUUGACUGGCUUCGGAAGUUGCUCAGCCUUCUCAGCAUCUAUUAAGACAUCGGCUUCCAACUUCCCCGAUCACCGUGGAACAGCGACCGCUUUCCCCUUGGCCGCUUUUGGGUUGAGCGCGUUCUUCUGGUCCACCGUUUCCUCGGUUCUCUUCAAGGACGACACUGGCCGCUUCCUCCUCUUGCUGGCUCUGGGCACCUGUGCCCUAAACCUCGUUUCGAUCCCCUUUCUUCGUAUUUUGCCUCCUAGUGAGCCGUAUAUGCCACUCGGACGGGGCAGGUCCCCUGGCGUAGAAUCUCAGCGACUGCGCACUACUAGAUCUACAGAGUUCCGGCACAGCCUGGAAGAAUCUGAUGAAGCAGGUACGCAGACCUUUAUAACCUAUGAAUCCUGUCCCGCAGCGCGUGACACAUCGCACUCGGUCGUGUCGAGUCCCCAUCACCCCGGCCACAACCCCGAUAUUGACGAAACAUCCUCCUUGGUGUCCAAAGUUCCCUCACGCUCAUCCCGAGAAUUCCUCAACCAACACGAGGAGGAUGACGAUGCUCUCUCCGAUGUUGCUCCCGAAUCCCCUCAUCCGGACGUUCGCGGCUUGGCGAUGCUUCCGAAGAUUGAGUUCUGGCAACUCUUUUUGACGAUGGCGCUUCUUUCUGGAAUUGGUUUGAUGACUAUCAACAACAUUGGAAACAGCGCCAAGGCACUUUGGCAGUACUACGACGACAGCGCAAGCCCGAAGUUUAUUCAACAGCGCCAGGUUAUGCAUGUUUCAAUCCUGUCUUUCGGAAACUUUAUUGGUCGACUUUCUAGCGGUAUUGGCUCCGACCUUCUGGUGAAGAAGCUGAACAUGUCGCGAUUCUGGUGCUUGUUCAUCUCCGCCUUUGUCUUCACCGUCACCCAACUUGCAGGUUCCGCCAUCUCCAACCCUCACCAAUUAGCCAUUGUAUCCGGAUUCACCGGUAUCGCAUACGGCUUCCUUUUCGGCGUCUUCCCGUCGCUGGUCGCCCACACCUUUGGCAUCGGUGGCCUCUCCCAGAACUGGGGUGUCAUGACGCUUGCACCCGUGUUUAGUGGCAACGUCUUCAACCUGCUCUACGGCAGUAUCUAUGACCGCCACUCUAUUGUCGAGCCCAACGGAGACCGCGACUGCCCGGAUGGUCUGGCUUGCUACCAGUCUGCGUACUACACGACGUUCUUGUCUGGUGUGGCCGGUGUGGUCGUCUGUCUGUGGAGUAUCCUGCACGAGAGACGCAUCCACGGCGCGAUGCACAAGAAGGUCGAGCAUGACCGACUUGCUUAGGAUGGAAGAGGCUGAAAGCGGUGACUUUUAUUUUGUCUUCCUCGUAAAUAUACCCAGGGGAUAUGUGCCAAUUUAACAGGCAAUUUGGUUGGGAUUUUCAACAUAGAGGGUUCGCAAUUUCAUAUAGAC